AUGGUGUCAAAUAUAUUGCCACAAUCAUUGAAGAAUUUGAAUUCUUUGGAUCUGGGUGCCAAUGAAUUUGGCAAUGAAGGUGUCAAGCAUAUUGCUGAAAGCGAAUCGUUGAAAAAUUUGACUUAUUUGGAUCUUCGACGCAAUGAAAUUGACAAUGAAGGUGUAAAAUAUAUUGCUACAAGUGAAUAUCUGAAGAAUUUGACUUAUUUGAGUCUGAGACUCAAUCAAGUUGGGAAUGAAGGUGUCAAAUAUAUUGCUGCAAGCGAAUCCUUGAAGAAUUUGACUUAUUUGAAUCUGUCGUUCAAUGUAUAUGGUAGUGAAGGUGAUAAUAUUAUAGAUAACAGUGAAAGUUUGAAAAAAGUGACAGUUAGAUUUUGA